CCGCCGCAGCAACCGUGGAAGCAGCUUCGCUUCCUGCCGCAGCCGCGGGCGGCCGGAGUGAGCCGACCCUGGGCGGUGGGCCUUCUCUGGGCGGUGGGCCGGCUGUCGGCGCCGGAGCCUGGCGAGGCGGCGGCUGGGGUGGCGGGAGGCGCAGACUCAUGAAAUGGCCACAGAUGAGAAAACCUGCCCGACACUGGACUCCUCUAGUGAUGUGCCUCGAUCUCCUGCAAGUCCUUCUCAUCUCACACACUUUAAACCUCUGACCCCUGAUCAGGAUGAACCUCCUUUUAAAUCAGCAUAUAGUUCUUUUGUGAAUCUCUUUCGAUUUAAUAAAGAGAGAGCAGAAGGGGGCCAGGGGGAGCAGCAGUUGCCAAGUGGCAGCUGGGCCAGCCCACAGCUCCCUUCAAGGACGCAGUCUGUGAGGUCGCCUGCACCUUACAAGAAGCAGCUCAGUGAGGAACUCCAGCGGCGUGCUUCCGUGCUAGCAGAGAACAGUUUGCAACAUCCCCAGGAGAACACAGACACAAGGAGGAAAGCAGAGCCUGCCUUCGGAGGCCAUGACCCUCGCACAGCUGUUCAGCUUCGAAGCCUCAGCACAGUAUUAAAACGCCUCAAGGAAAUCAUGGAGGGGAAAAGUCAGGAUAGUGACCUGAAGCAGUACUGGAUGCCAGAUAGCCAGUGUAAAGAGUGCUACGACUGCAGCGAGAAAUUUACAACUUUUCGGCGCAGACACCAUUGCCGGCUCUGUGGGCAGAUUUUUUGCAGUCGUUGCUGUAAUCAGGAAAUUCCUGGAAAAUUUAUGGGCUAUACAGGAGACCUCCGAGCUUGCACAUACUGUAGAAAAAUAGCCUUAAGUUACGCUCAUUCCACAGAUAGUAAUUCCAUUGGGGAAGACUUGAAUGCUCUUUCAGAUUCUACUUGCUCUGUGUCUGUACUUGAUCCCGGUGAACCUCGAACACCUGUUGGGAGUAGAAAAGCCAGCCGUAACAUAUUUUUAGAGGAUGAUUUAGCCUGGCAAAGUUUGAUUCAUCCAGAUUCCUCAAAUACUGCUCUUUCAGCAAGACUUGUAUCUGUCCAGGAAGAUGCUGGGAAAUCUCCUGCUCGAAAUAGGUCUGCCAGCAUUACUAACCUGUCACUGGAUCGAUCUGGUUCUCCUAUGGUUCCUUCAUAUGAGACAUCUGUUAGUCCCCAGGCUACCCGGCCGUAUGUGAGGACAGAGACUACUGAGGAUGAACGCAAAAUUCUUCUGGACAGUGUCCAGCUGAAGGAUCUUUGGAAAAAAAUCUGUCAUCAUAGUAGUGGCAUGGAGUUUCAGGAUCACCGUUAUUGGCUGAGAACACAUCCCAACUGCAUUGUAGGAAAGGAAUUAGUCAACUGGUUAAUCAGAAAUGGACACAUUGCUACAAGGGCACAAGCUAUAGCAAUUGGACAAGCAAUGGUUGAUGGACGUUGGCUGGAUUGUGUCAGCCACCACGAUCAGCUCUUCAGGGAUGAAUAUGCUUUGUAUAGACCGCUGCAGAGUACAGACUUUUCUGAGACGCCUUCUCCUGACAGUGACUCAGUGAACUCUGUCGAAGGACACUCCGAGCCAUCCUGGUUUAAAGACAUCAAGUUUGAUGACAGCGACACAGAACAGAUAGCUGAAGAAGGUGACGAUAAUUUGGCUAAUUCUGCCAGUCCUAGCAAGCGCACCUCAGUCAGCAGUUUCCAGUCCACAGUGGACAGUGACUCAGCCGCUUCCAUCAGCCUGAACGUGGAGCUGGACAACGUGAACUUCCAUAUCAAGAAGCCCUCCAAGUACCCACAUGUGCCCCCUCACCCUGCUGACCAAAAAGAGUAUUUGAUUGCUGACACUGGUGGACAACAGCUCUCAAUAAGUGAUGCCUUCAUCAAAGAGUCUUUAUUUAAUCGUCGGGUAGAGGAAAAGUCCAAAGAGCUGCCUUUCACCCCGCUGGGCUGGCAUCACAACAACCUGGAGCUCCUGAGGGAGGAGAAUGGGGAGAAGCAAGCCAUGGAGAGGUUACUUUCAGCUAAUCAUAACCACAUGAUGGCACUGCUCCAGCAGUUACUACACAGUGACUCAUUGUCAGCAUCUUGGAGGGACAUCAUUGUGUCAUUGGUCCGCCAGGUUGUUCAGACAGUCCGGCCUGAUGUCAAGAACCAGGAUGACGACAUGGAUAUCCGUCAGUUUGUCCACAUCAAAAAAAUCCCAGGUGGGAAGAAGUUUGAUUCUGUGGUUGUCAAUGGUUUUGUUUGUACCAAGAACAUUGCGCAUAAAAAGAUGAAUUCUUGUAUUAAAAACCCCAAAAUUCUUCUGUUGAAGUGUUCCAUUGAGUACCUUUACAGAGAAGAAACCAAGUUUACUUGCAUUGAUCCUAUUGUGCUUCAGGAAAGGGAAUUCCUGAAGAAUUAUGUUCAGCGAAUAGUUGAUGUUCGACCCACGUUGGUUCUGGUUGAGAAGACAGUGUCUCGGAUUGCCCAGGACAUGUUACUAGAACAUGGCAUUACUUUGGUUAUCAAUGUAAAAUCACAAGUUUUAGAAAGAAUCAGUCGUAUGACACAAGGUGAUUUAGUAAUGUCAAUGGAUCAGCUGCUUACAAAACCACACCUGGGCACUUGUCACAAAUUUUAUAUGCAGAUAUUUCAGUUGCCUAAUGAACAAACUAAAACACUGAUGUUUUUUGAAGGCUGUCCACAGCACCUGGGCUGUACAAUCAAGCUUAGAGGAGGCUCUGAUUAUGAACUGGCUCGAGUUAAGGAGAUCCUGAUAUUUAUGAUCUGUGUAGCUUAUCAUUCUCAGCUGGAGAUCUCCUUCCUCAUGGAUGAAUUUGCUAUGCCUCCUACGUUAACACAAAACACUUCAUUUCAUUCUCUGAUUGAGGGGCAGGGUGAAGAGGAGACUGUACAACAGCAACACAGCAGAAAUUCUCUCCCUCAGGAUUCUGACUUCCUGCCUGAGUCUCUGACUUCUGAUGAGAGCAAUUUGCUGGAAUCAAGGAUUGUGUCUGAGAAGAGUGAGCAGGAAAACAAAGGCAUGCCCCAGGCUGUUGCCUCUUUGAAGCCUCAAGAAUAUGGCACAACAGCUUGCCCAGCAGGCAUCCCCUGUGCUCUCUUCCAGUCUGUACCAGAAUCGCUGUUGCCGCUUCAUGUGGAUGACCCCGAGCGUAGAGUGGACAGUGAGCAACCAGAGAUUUUACAGCAAACAGAUGAACCACAGGGUCCCAGAAGCCAAAUGAGAACCUUUAGAGACCCUCUGCAGGAUGACACUGGAUUAUAUGUCACCGAGGAAGUCGCCUCAUCUGAAGAUAAACGAAAGACUUACUCUUUGGCCUUUAAGCAGGAAUUAAAAGAUGUGAUCCUCUGUAUUUCCCCAGUAAUCACUUUCCGUGAACCCUUCCUUUUAACUGAAAAGGGGAUGAGGUGCUCUACCCGUGAUUAUUUUGCAGAGCAGAUUUACUGGUCACCUCUCCUUAAUAAAGAGUUCAAAGAAAUGGAGAGCAGGAGGAAGAAACAGCUGCUUAGGGACCUCUCUGGACUUCAGGGCAUGAAUGGAAGUAUCCAGGCCAAGUCUAUUCAAGUCUUACCUUCCCAUGAACUAGUGAGCACUAGAAUAGCUGAGCAUCUUGGUGAUAGUCAGAGCUUAGGUAGGAUGCUGGCUGAUUACCGAGCCCGAGGAGGAAGAAUUCAGCAAAGAAACUCAGACCCUUUUGCUCAUUCCAAGGAUAUAUCAGUUAUUUCCAGUGGCAAAUCAGGAAGCAAAGUGGAAAGUGAUGAAGAGAGAGGAUUGUCCAUAAGUGACGCAGUGUGGUCAGCAAAGGUGGACUGUUUGAACCCUGCUAACCACCAGAGACUAUGUGUUCUCUUCAGCAGUUCCUCUGCCCAGUCCAGCAAUGCUCCCAGUGCCUGUGUCAGUCCUUGGAUUGUAACAAUGGAGUUUUAUGGAAAGAAUGAUCUUACGUUAGGAAUAUUCUUGGAAAGAUACUGUUUCAGGCCUUCUUAUCAGUGUCCUAGUAUGUUCUGUGAUACUCCCAUGGUGCAUCACAUUCGGCGCUUUGUCCAUGGCCAAGGAUGUGUGCAGAUAAUACUGAAGGAGUUGGAUUCUCCAGUACCUGGUUAUCAGCAUACAAUUCUCACAUAUUCCUGGUGUAGAAUCUGCAAACAAGUAACCCCAGUUGUUGCACUUUCCAAUGAAUCCUGGUCUAUGUCAUUUGCAAAGUACCUUGAACUUAGGUUUUAUGGGUACCAGUACACUCGGAGAGCCAAUGCUGAGCCUUGUGGCCACUCCAUGCACCAUGACUAUCACCAGUAUUUCUCCUAUAACCAGAUGGUGGCAUCCUUCAGCUACUCUCCUAUUCGGCUUCUUGAAGUAUGUGUUCCGCUUCCCAAAAUAUUCAUCAAACGUCAGGCCCCAUUAAAAGUUUCCCUUCUUCAGGAUCUAAAGGAUUUUUUCCAAAAAGUUUCACAGGUAUAUCUUGCUGUUGAUGAAAGACUUGCAUCUUUGAAAACUGACACAUUCAGUAAAACAAGAGAGGAAAAAAUGGAAGAUAUCUUUGCACAAAAAGAGAUGGAAGAGGGUGAGUUCAAGAACUGGAUUGAGAAGAUGCAGGCAAGGCUCAUGUCCUCCUCUGUGGACACCCCUCAGCAGUUGCAGUCAAUCUUUGAGUCCAUCAUUGCCAAGAAGCAAAGCCUCUGUGAAGUGCUCCAAGCUUGGAAUAACAGGUUACAAGACCUUUUUCAGCAGGAAAAGGGUAGAAAACGACCUUCAGUUCCUCCAAGUCCUGGAAGACUAAGACAAGGAGAAGAAAACAAGAUUAGUGCAAUGGAUGCAUCUCCCCGGAAUAUUUCUCCAGGACUUCAAAAUGGAGAAAAAGAGGACCGUUUCUUAACAACCUUGUCCAGCCAGAGUUCCACCAGUUCUACUCAUCUGCAGUUGCCUACUCCCCCUGAAGUUGUAUCUGAGUCAUCUGUGGGUGGCCCCCCUGAGCUAGACACAGGUAGCAGUUCUGAAGAUGUGUUUGAUGGACAUUUGCUGGGAUCCACAGACAGCCAAGUGAAGGAAAAGUCAACCAUGAAAGCUAUCUUUGCAAAUUUGCUUCCAGGAAAUAGCUACAAUCCUAUUCCAUUUCCUUUUGAUCCAGAUAAGCACUAUCUAAUGUAUGAACAUGAGCGGGUACCCAUUGCCGUCUGUGAGAAGGAACCCAGCUCCAUCAUCGCUUUUGCUCUCAGUUGUAAAGAAUACCGAAAUGCCUUGGAAGAAUUGUCUAAAGCAACUCAGUGGAACAAUGCUGAAGAAGGGCUUCCAACAAACAGUACUUUAGACAGCAAACCAAAGAGCAGCAGUCCUAUUAGAUUGCCUGAGAUCAGUGGAGGACAGACCAACCGUACCGCAGAAGCAGAACCACAGCCAACCAAAAAGGCUUCUGGAAUGUUGUCCUUCUUCAGAGGGGCAGCAGGGAAAAGCCCAGAUCUCUCUUCCCAGAAGAGAGAGACCUUGCGUGGAGCAGAUAGUGCUUACUACCAGGUUGGGCAGACGGGCAAGGAGGGAACGGAGAAUCAAGGCAUUGAGCCUCAAGAUGAAGUAGAUGGAGGUGAUAUACAAAAGAAGCAGCUCACAAAUCCUCAUGUGGAACUUCAAUUUUCUGAUGCUAAUGCGAAAUUUUAUUGUCGCCUCUACUACGCGGGAGAGUUUCAUAAGAUGCGUGAAGUGAUUCUAGGCAGCAGUGAGGAAGACUUCAUUCGUUCUCUGUCCCACUCGUCUCCCUGGCAGGCUCGAGGUGGCAAGUCAGGAGCUGCCUUCUAUGCGACUGAAGAUGACAGAUUUAUUUUGAAGCAAAUGCCUCGUCUGGAAGUCCAGUCUUUCCUCGACUUUGCCCCGCACUACUUCAAUUAUAUUACAAAUGCUGUUCAACAAAAGAGACCUACUGCAUUGGCCAAAAUUCUUGGAGUAUACAGAAUUGGUUAUAAAAACUCUCAGAACAACACGGAGAAAAAGUUAGAUCUCCUUGUCAUGGAAAAUCUUUUCUAUGGGAGAAAGAUGGCUCAGGUUUUUGAUUUGAAGGGUUCACUGAGAAAUCGAAAUGUGAAGACUGACACUGGGAAGGAGAGCUGUGAUGUGGUUUUGCUGGAUGAAAAUCUCUUAAAGAUGGUUCGAGACAACCCUCUGUAUAUUCGUUCUCAUUCCAAAGCUGUGCUGAGAACCUCAAUCCAUAGCGACUCCCAUUUCCUCUCUAGCCACCUCAUUAUAGAUUAUUCUUUGCUGGUUGGGCGAGAUGAUACUACCAAUGAAUUGGUAGUUGGAAUUAUAGAUUAUAUUCGAACAUUUACAUGGGACAAAAAGCUUGAAAUGGUUGUAAAAUCAACAGGAAUUUUGGGAGGACAAGGUAAAAUGCCGACUGUAGUCUCUCCAGAGCUGUACAGAACUAGAUUUUGUGAAGCAAUGGACAAGUAUUUCUUGAUGGUUCCAGACCACUGGACUGGCUUGGAUCUGAAUUGCUGAAAUGAAGCACAUAAUUUGAAAUGAACUAUAAAAGAUAUGGGACAAGGAUCAAAAAUAAGCUACAUGUUAUAUUUCACCAUCACAUUCCCCACUGUAUGUAAAGCCUUCCAGAUGGUCCACAGCUGAAGGGUAAAACCUCCAGGGACUUAGACUUCUCAUUACCUGUGAAUUCACUCUCUGCAUGUUGGAGAGUUGCUGGAACACAGGAACAUUCAGUGUGGACCAUGGUCAGAGAUGAAUAGAUGUAGUGAAACAUCUGAUGUCGUGUUUGCUAAUACUGUCUUGGCAUCGCAUUUGACAUGUUCUUUACUUAGAAAACAUUUGUAGAGCUGCUGAAAUGUGCUUUAUUUUUCAAAUGUUGUGUUUAGUGUUGCUUAUCAGAAUCUCUGAGGCCUUUAGAAAAAUUCUGGUUUAUUUUGUUAGUUAUCGGUUAAGCAAGUUGGCACUUGCUAUUUUGUUGAAGAAUUAACUUACAGUGGGAAUUCUGUAGUUCUGUCAUUUUCUGUGUCUUCUCUGUUUGCUUUGUUUCUGAGUUUGUUUUUAAAAUUCUACCUUCUCUGUGACAAGAGGGUACAGAUACUAACUGUAAGCCUUUUUGUGGAGCUAUUUUUACUGCUUGCUUAAAAUGUCUGUGUAAUUAGUGUUAACUGUACAUAUCUACGUACACGCAUUCAGAUUCUUCUCCACACUCUCCUUCCCAGGUUCAGGAAAACAUGAAUCAUUAGUAAAUGAGCCUGUAGUCACCAACUCCCUAAAGGAAGAAUAAUUAAUGAAGGAUUUUCCUAUGAGAACAUAGACCCAGUCCAAGAAAUUAAGAAGGAAACAGUUGAUUAUUUUUUUUAAUAGAAGUUGAAUGUCUCUUUUAAUAUAACCAGCAAUUUAAGUAGCAUUUAUAAUACUGAGGUUUCCAAUGUGGACAUUUUUGUUUUCUAACUUUCUAUAUACAGGCUAGUUCUGGUAUUGAGAAAUGUUGAGGCUAGUCAUUCUUAGCAAAGAACUUCCUGUCAGCAUUUUGUUUUAAAAUUAUCAAAAAUACUAAACUUAAUGAAAUGCUGAAGUCAGCCUUACAGUAUUUCUUUUUUCUAUAAUAAGGCUAGUUCAGAGAUUUUUAAAGUUGUUAAGGGGUAUAUUCUUUUCAGAUUUUGUGUAAGAUGCUAUUGCACAUUUAUUUUCACAUAAUAUGAGAAAGAAAUGUGAUUAUAUUAAGUUACACAAAGUCUAAUAAAAGUACAUGAAAUAGGAGUAUUUUGGAAAGUUUACUUUAAAUAAUGAAAGCAGCAGCGUGGUAUUUGGUGCUUAUUAAAACAUGAUUUGUUUGGAACUGGAAACGGUUGACCAAGACUUAGGGCUGAUUUCAUGAGAAGCUUGCCUCUCACUGCUCUUAUUUUAAUCAUAUGUAUGUGCCUGUUGAUGAUACACAAAACUCAGAUCAUUUUUGUUUUGACAUGAAAGACUUGUAAAGGAGUUACAUAGAAUGAGGGAUAUGUGGGUCAUUAUUAACAUCUUUGUGUCCAGGAAGACGUGUUUGAUUUGAAAUGCCAAUAUUGUUUCAUCUCUUGAUUUUCUUUCUAGUUAGAAUCACUUAUCAUAUCCAUUUCCUAUAACCCCUUUGUGUGGAAUACUUCCACUUAUGUGUAAUCAGAUUGAUUCCUCAUUUUAGUUUCAGUAACAUGUACAUAGCUGGAAUACUCCUUGGAAGUAUCUCCUGACAAUGAUAUGGUAUGUUAAUUUGGGGGGGCCUUUUUUAUCCAUAACUUGAAAAAUUAUGUUUUUAAAUACUGCUACCUCUUAGGUAAUUUAGUGGUUCAAAAAAUUCCAAUGUGAUACAUCCUGAAGCAAGAGUUGCUAUUUUAUAAUAGUGACUUUUCCUUUUAAAUUGAUGUCUGGCUGUUUUAGUGAAAGAGAAGUAUAAAAUUUAAUUUUUUUGAGGGGUAAAACUGUAUGCCUGGCAGCUUGCUGCUUUUGUUUAGGACACUACUGUGUCUAUAUGGCAUUCAAGUACUGUGCUAUUCAGUGUUAAGCCAUUAAUGCUGAGAAGUUAGAAAUGAGGAAGAAAUCUUACUCCUUUUUUUUCUUAAAAUACAGCAUGAAUCCUGAGGAUAAUUGAUACCAGUACAAGAGAAUUGUCAACAUAAUGUUUUGUUUGAAGAUCUUGUUCAUAGAUGUUGAAACUUUGUGAUUCCAUUAGGACUCAGUAAAAAAAAAAAUUCACUUUUUUCUUAUCCUAGUCUAAGAAAAAUUAUGAAGAAACUGUUAAAAACCCUUUUAUAGCCUAUUGAAAAUUUUAAAUUUAUAUUCAAAAUUUCUUAUCAAAUGUCUAACCCUGUAAUUUUUUUCCUUGAUUCAGCAGUGAGUGGUUUUCUAACUUUGGCUUUUAUUGAGUCUUAUAAAUAGUAGGGUCAUAUUGGCAUCAGCUUUUAUGAUGGCUUUAUGGCCAUCAGCUUUUUGACAGUGCACCUAUAAACAGUGGGCUUGUAUAAAACUGUCAAGGAAAGUAACCUACCUAUAACAAAAUUUGCUUAGCUUGAAGAGUCAAAACUAUUGUGAAUGAGCCUGAUUAUGAAAUGAUCAGACCGUUCAUUAAUCCUCAAGUGUUAACAUACUUAUGCAGUAUUCAAACUAAGUAGUGCAAUGCCUUUUAUUUGUCUUUGUCGCACAGAUGCAGUGCAUUUUAGGAAAAAUUAAAAUCAUGAGCAGUUUAAUUAAUACUGCUAUGUCAGUUUUGUAAAGAAUGUACAUUGUGUUUUUCAAUGGGUUGAAUUUUUAGCCUGAGAAAUGACAUUGUAAAUCAUAAUAACUUUUAAUUUAAUAUAAAAAACAAAACUAACAAUAAUGGAAGUACUUAAUGUAUUGUAUAUAUUUCUCUACUUUGCUUUCAGCUGUUUUAUAUGACUGACAUGUUAUUUAAAAGAUAACUGCUUUGACAUUUUAGAGACUUGUACUGUAAAUAAAGAUGACUUAAA